AUGUAUUCCGGCGACGCACCUCCAUCUUUCUCAUCCGGAGGCCUAAAGCACUUCGAUCAAGACCAGUUUCCGGUCGAUGCACAACCACAACCCUACGGAGUUCACAACGACCAAUCAUGGCAGAAUCAACCUCCGUCGCAAGGAUCCAUGGGACAUGGCCAAGGAAACUCAGUGAAUCAGUUCCAAGAUGGGAGUAUCUACCGUGGAUUAGGCCAACCCGAUCCUUUCGUUGUUGUCGACAGUGAAAAAGGUCCAUCUUUCACAGCUCUCGGCCAUGGCCAAGGGAUCUCAUAUAAUCAAGAUGGGAUGUCCAACCGUGAUCAAUAUGGUGUCUCCGGUCAACCACUGUCUGUUGGUGCUAUGGUGAAGGGUGGGUUUUCUAAUCCUUCCGGCGGUGGCGGCGAUCAUUAUGGUGGUGAUUCAGCACCGGGGCUUAGCGAUGUAGCUAGAAGAGACAAAUCUCAAACUGGGGGUUCUUCUGUUGACAUCCAGGGUUCUUCCGAUCCACUAGAGUUUGUUGGGAUGAGUUUGGUUGGAAAAAAUUUCAAGAAGUAUUAUCCUGAUGCUUACUACAAGGAGAAAGAUGAUUACUGA